CCACUAGGUGGCAGCAAUGCUAUGAUGAGUGCUACUAUAUAGAGCAAAGAAGAACUAAAGCAGAAGCUACCAUGUUAGCGGCUUGUUAGCAUCGUUGUGUUCUGCCUGUUUCACUUGUAAUUAUAUGGAGAAGAAGAACUACCCUUUGUUUCUAAGGCUGGAUGAGAAGAUGUAGCCAGCCAGGUGGGAGAUCUCUGUAGUAUCUUCUGUUCCCAGAUAAUCAGUCCCCUCCCCAACCCUGGAGCUCCUCCAACCCUGACCAGGAGCUCGGCUCAGCCGCCUUUUAGUCCAUCCGUCCAUCGUCAGCCAUGCUGUUUUCUCUCAAGGAACUGGUCCAGUGGCUGGGCUUCGCCACCUUUGAACUGUUCCUCCACCUGCUCGCCCUGCUGGUCUUCAGCAUGCUGGUGGCUCUGAAGGUGGACCUGUUCCAGGUGAGCUGGUGGCUGGUGUUCAUCCCCCUGUUCACUGCAGAUGGGCUCAGCACUUACUUCACGGCCAUUGUGUCCAUCCGGCUGUAUCAGGAGAACGAGAAGCGCCUGGCGGUUCUGCGGUUGCUGUGGGUGCUGACGGUACUCAGUCUGAAGCUGGUCUGCGAGGUGCUGCUGUGCCAGAAGCUGGCCGGGCAGGAGCAAGCCCGAGACCUCUGGUAUGGCCUCAUCGUGUCACCACUCUUCAUCCUGCUGCAGCUGCUGAUGAUACGGGCAUGCCGAGUCAAUUAAGGGGGUAGCCGGCUCAAUGAUGACACUGAAGCAGAGACCACUUUCCAUCUGCCAUGAGAGAUUUUAAGGAUACAAGUGAUGUCGUUUUUCUUUUUUUGACAUGUCACCUUUAACGAAAGAGUUUUUCAUGUUUGGGGUUACACUACAAUGUACCUUUCCAACACAAUCUCCAGAAAAUCUCUCAUCAAGCACGUUGUUGUUGCAGGUUUACUUGUGGUCAAGGACAAAUUGUUUCUCUGUGGCAGAUCUGUCAUGCCUCUACAUCCUGUAGUUACUGGCAGAUGAUGAUCCAUACGGAAAAGCACGUUCCAGCUCUGUGCAAAGGUCCUGAGUCAUCCCUCAUUUCUUGGCAUUUUCCUUCCAUGCAGCCAAAUGUCUGGUUCAUCUUUCACAGACAAAAUUAGUCUUUAUCAAUCGUUUCUCUAGUCUUUGUCUCCAUUUAUAUAUUAAGUGUUUCUAAAAUGUUAAAUUGAUUUAAGAAAAAUAUGAAGAAGAUCAGACCUUCUUCAGACUUAUGAAUGGUAUCAGCUCUUUGACCCAAAAUAUUAGCAGCAGAGGAGACUGAUAAAAUCUGCGUGGUUAAUGUUCAGAAAAAAAACCAACCAAAAAUAUACUAUAAAAAUUCAAACAAAUAAAAACUAUAAACCCAAAAAAUGUAAAAAAUUACACAGAAGUUAAAUAAAAUAUUAUAUCCAAAAAUGAUGAUGAUGAUGCCAGAGAAAUUAAAGCUUGGGGAAAAAAUGACUAUUUUGGUCAAAGCUAAAUUUAAAGAAAUCUGACUGACCCAAGACUUGUGCACAGUUCUUCAGUAGUGCAAGGAAUAUGUGAACUUGAUAAACUGUGGCGACCUUACAGUUGUAAUUCCCAGGACAGCGCUGCUGGCUUGCUAAUGGUUCAUUAUCUCCUGUCUGAGUGUUGAUGGGAGUGCUGGUCAUAUAGCAUCCACCUGCAGUCACCAAGCUAGAUUGGUCUGCGCUCAUCUUUCCUAAAAACAUGCUUUUUUUUUUCCACGGCGUACAACGUAUCCAGCUUGUUGGUUCCUAGUAAAUGUUCUGCAUGUAUUUAUGGCCUCCUUUAAUUUAACUCUUGAUGUAAAAUUCUGUGUAAUAUGUAUAUGUUGAAUCUUUAAAGACAAAUCCACAUGUUUAUAUUUAUGUUAUGUUUUUGCUGCAGUACAUAUUGGUUAUUUGUAUAGAUUAUGUAAAUAAAACAAACAUUUAAAAAAGUGUGUGGUUAAUUUAAUGGUGUACAGCCACUAGCUGUCCACAAGGAGGCGCCACUAAGCCAG